GCCCCUCCCCACCCUGUGACCCUCCCCCCAUGCAUGUCCCCGAACCCACUCCCAUUGGCUGUACCAUCCCAGCCCCUCCUGCCUGGUCCACUGGGAUGAUCAGCAGCGAAACGUGGCCAUUGUUAGGGACCAGAGUUAACGCCCGCAGAGUCACACACAGAAUCCCCUCCAGGUCGGGGCCGAAAUCCAGUCCCGGUUUUUCUCCUCCCAGGGCUGCACCCAGAGCCCCUUCCAGAUCUUAUAUAAUUCUGUAUGUAGUACGAAAAAAUGCAGUCAGAAUAUGUAAGGCUGCCGCCGCGGCGCCCCCGCCACCCGCUCCAGCCACCUCUGCUGAUUCCCUGCAGGUGGACCUGCUCCCGGUGCUGGCAGCCGCCCAGGAGACGGCCGCGGCCGCGGCGGUGGUGGCGGCUGCCACGGCCUCAGCUCCGGCCGCCUCCACGGUGGACACGGCAGCCCUGAAACAGCAGCAGCCAGGGCCCGAGGGGAGCGGGGGGCAGGUAGCCUCAGCCCCGCAGGCCGCCUCCCAGGCCCCCCCGGCCCAGCCGCCCGCGCCGCCGCCCCCCAGCGAGGCCCAGAAGAAGUCGAAGAGCAAGGGGCCGUACAUCUGCUCGCUCUGCGCCAAGGAGUUCAAGAACGGCUACAACCUGCGGCGCCACGAGGCCAUCCACACGGGCGCCAAGGCCGCCCGCGCCAGCCCCGCCGCCAUGAAGAUGCCCACCAUGGUGCCCCUCAGCCUGCUGAGCGUCUCCGCCCUGGGGGCGGGCGGGGGCGGGGCGGCGCCGGGGGCGGAGGGGGGAGGGGCGGCGGGGCUGGUGACCACCACGGCCUCCGGCAAGCGGAUCCGGAAGAACCACGCCUGCGAGAUGUGCGGCAAGGCCUUCCGCGACGUCUACCACCUCAACCGGCACAAGCUGUCGCACUCGGACGAGAAGCCCUACCAGUGCCCCGUGUGCCAGCAACGCUUCAAGCGCAAGGAUCGCAUGAGCUACCACGUGCGCUCGCACGACGGCGCCGUGCACAAGCCCUACAUCUGCAGCCACUGCGGCAAGAGCUUCUCCCGGCCGGACCAUCUCAACAGCCACGUGCGCCAGGUGCAUUCGACAGAGAGACCCUUCAAAUGUGAGACGUGCGAGGCGGCCUUCGCCACGAAGGACCGGCUGCGGGCACACACGGUGCGCCACGAGGAGAAGGUGCCGUGUCACGUGUGCGGCAAGAUGCUCAGCGCCGCCUACAUCACGGACCACAUGAAGGUGCACAGCCAGGGGCCCAACCACAUCUGUGAGCUGUGCAACAAAGGUACGGGCGAGCUGUGCCCCCUGGCAGCAGCAGCGGCCCCGCCCACCUCGGCCGUCACCGUCCUGCCCAUGGAGGGGGCCCCGGUGGUCAGCCAGCCGCUCCCCACGCAGCCCUGGUGAUUCCUGGGGGGCAGGAGCCGACCUCCCGCCCUGUUGUGCCCCCACAACUCGGCAGCUGGAGCCCCCCACCGCGCCACCGGAACUGGAGAGGAGUGUUGGGCCAAGGGGAGACGCGACACCGGACAGACGGGGGCCCCCCAAGAGAGGGGGACCCCCUGCCUCCCACAACCGUCCUCUUCCCCCUGGACAGAGGGGGGGCCGCCCGUCACCUCUAACCCCCAAGAGCCCCCCCCAAAUAAAUCUUAUUCCAUCCUAGUCCCCACGGCUGCCCCCCACCGCCCAUCAGCCACAUUCACAAAGGGGUGGGGGAGCCCAGGGCUGCGUGGGAUGGGGGGUGUCACUGACAUUGCUGGGGGCUGGUACCAGCCGUGGGCCAGUCCCCCUCCCCCAGGGGAGACCCCCGAUUCCCUCCUGUCCUGGGGUCCCCCCAGUGUCCCCCUCAGCCUUGACACCCUUCUGUCCAGGGGUCCCCUGCCCCCCCCCCCCCCGUUUUCUAUGGGAUUUUAUGAUUUGUUUUGUUUUCUCGUGUUCGUGUUCUCGGUCCCGCCGCGUCUUGCGUUGAUUCCGCCCCCCCCUGCAUGGCCCCGACUUCGGGGGACCCCCCCCCUUUUGUAUUGUAUAAAACCACCAAGAAACAGACAAAUAAACCAUGCGCCGCUUUGAGUCUUUCUUCUACCACGAUGGCACCGGAGACCCCCCCGGGGGCCCCCUCACCCCCGGCACCCCACUUCCCUCCCCGGGGGCCCCACUCCCCCCGGCACCCCACUUCCCUCCCCAGGGGCCCCACACCCCCCCGCA